UGUUCCACACUGUGUGUGAGUCUUCAGGGAGAGCGGGUGGUGGCAAACAGUGGCAGAAACGGGGUCGUUUCCUCCUUCACACUUUGUUGUAAAACAAGUUGGGGCCUCGUGACAGCCCAAGAAAAUCCCGGCAAUUUUGCAAAGUGUUGCUCUGGCCACGACUUUCGAGAGGCAUUUUGCUCGGGCCACGGGAGAGGUCAUUUUUCUUUGGCUGGACUGCGGAUCUUUCCCAGGCGCGCGCAAGGUGGGAGGCGUGGGACGUGACCUUGACCUCCCUCUGGGGCAGGGCGGGACACUCCCGAGGUGACUCUGCACUUGGGCCUGAAUCGCGAUGCAAGUCCCGCACUGAUGUGUCUGGGUCUCACCAUCGGUGCAUGGGGCGGGUGGUGGGACCCCACCAGUCCACAUCUGUCCGCCCGCGAGCGCCGCGCCGCGCCCUGGGCCGGGGGAACCCUGGAGGAGAGCCGGACGCCAGGCGGCGGGAGGAGCGCAGAGCAGCGGGGCGUUGACUGAGACACUGGCCCCGCCCGGUCCCGCCCGCCUCUCUAGGCACCCAGCUCCGGCCGGGCGGGAUCCGUGGACUCAGCGACCCGCGCGGGUUGACCCGCUCUCCUGCCGCCGCGGCGGCGGGCGCGGGGCCGCGCGGCGAGGCCGGAUCCCUGCAGCGCGGGCAGGCGACGUUGCAGAGCCCGGCCAGCCAGACGCGCCAGGACUCCAGACUCCUGCAGGUAGCCCCUGGGGUCAAGCAGCUUUCAGUGAAUUAAGGCAGCUCGAGAUUUUGCCUCAGGACACAGGGACACCCCCAGCUGAUGAUUCCACCACAGGCGAGCCUGUGGGCUUGACUUCCCAGCAUCUGCUUUGGCUUGUGUGACCAGAGGACCACAUUCUUCUCCUUUGAGUCGCUAAAUGCCUGUGUGCACCCCAUACUCCAGCCAGGGAAGACGGGAGAAGCUUCUUGGAUGAUGAUGGACGUUCCACUGUGCAGGAUGAGGGCAGAGUGUGUGACAUCGCCACCACGAGGGUGCAAUGUGAUCUUGGGCAUCUCCCUUCCCGGCCAGCACUCUGCCUCCUCUAUCCAUCAUGGUGUUUGGUGAGUUUUUCCAUCGCCCUGGACAAGACGAGGAACUUGUCAACUUGAACGUAGGGGGCUUUAAGCAGUCUGUGGACCAGAGCACGCUCCUACGGUUCCCUCACACCAGACUGGGGAAGCUGCUGACCUGCCAUUCUGAAGAGGCCAUUCUAGAGCUGUGUGAUGACUAUAGCGUGGCGGAUAAAGAGUACUAUUUCGACCGGAACCCCUCCCUGUUCAGAUACGUUUUGAACUUUUACUACACGGGGAAGCUGCACGUCAUGGAGGAGCUGUGUGUGUUCUCCUUCUGCCAGGAGAUCGAGUACUGGGGUAUCAACGAGCUCUUCAUCGACUCCUGCUGCAGCAGCCGAUACCAGGAGCGCAAGGAGGAGAGUCACGAGAGGGACUGGGACCAGAAGAGCAAUGAUGUCAGCACGGACUCCUCCUUUGAAGAAUCCUCUCUGUUUGAGAAAGAGCUGGAGAAGUUUGACGAUCUGAGGUUUGGUCAGCUGCGAAAGAAAAUCUGGAUUCGGAUGGAAAACCCAGCUUACUGCCUGUCGGCCAAGCUCAUUGCCAUCUCCUCCCUGAGCGUGGUGCUGGCCUCCAUCGUGGCCAUGUGUGUGCACAGCAUGUCGGAAUUCCAGAACGAGGACGGAGAAGUGGAUGACCCUGUGCUGGAAGGAGUGGAGAUCGCGUGCAUUGCAUGGUUCACUGGCGAGCUGGCCAUCCGGCUGGUGGCUGCCCCUUCUCAAAAGAAGUUCUGGAAAAACCCUCUGAACAUCAUCGACUUCGUCUCCAUCAUUCCCUUCUAUGCCACGCUGGCUGUGGACACCAAGGAAGAAGAGAGCGAGGACAUUGAGAAUAUGGGCAAGGUGGUCCAAAUCCUUCGGCUCAUGAGGAUAUUCCGAAUUCUGAAGCUUGCCCGGCACUCUGUAGGGCUUCGGUCUCUGGGGGCCACGCUGAGGCACAGUUACCAUGAAGUGGGGUUACUGCUUCUCUUCCUUUCAGUGGGUAUCUCGAUCUUCUCCGUGCUUAUUUACUCUGUGGAGAAAGAUGAACUUACAUCCAGUCUCACCAGCAUCCCCAUCUGCUGGUGGUGGGCCACUAUCAGUAUGACCACCGUGGGCUAUGGAGACACCCAUCCGGUCACCUUAGCCGGGAAGAUCAUUGCAAGCACAUGUAUUAUCUGUGGCAUCUUGGUGGUAGCCCUUCCCAUCACCAUCAUAUUCAACAAGUUUUCCAAGUACUACCAGAAGCAGAAGGACAUGGAUGUGGACCCGUGCAGUGAGGACCCACCGGAGAAGUGCCCUGAGCUACCUUACUUUAACAUUAGGGAUGUCUAUGCACAGCAAGUCCAUGCCUUCAUUACCAGUCUGUCUUCCAUUGGUAUCGUGGUCAGUGAUCCUGAUUCCACCGAUGCUUCUAGCAUUGAAGACAAUGAGGAUGUUUACAAUACUGCAUCCCUGGAGAACUGUACCACAAAAUGAGUAGGGGCAUUUGCACCGGUCUCUUGUGUCCCUUCCUGACAUUAGGUUAACACAGCUUUAUAAACCUGAAUGGGUUUGUUCAAAUAAAUCAUUUAAUUCUCAGGGUGUACCUUUUAGCCAUAGUUGGACAUUCAUUGCUGAAUUUCGAGAUGAUAGAAUUAUCUUUAUUUUUCUCAGUGAGGUUAAAAUUAAAUGCCUUGUUCUGAAAUUUAUUUUUUACAAGAGAGAGUUGUAAUAUGGGUUUUUGGGGGAACAAAGUAAAUGAUACUGGGAAGGAUUUAUUGUUACGGCUUAUGCAUCAUUCUGUAUUUGUCAUAUUCACUCACAUUGAGCUCACUAUCAAUUACUGACGAUAGAGCAGAAGUCCAGCUGACCGAAGAUGACAUGCAUGUGAGAGCUACAACAUGAGACAAUGCAUGUAAAUCCAUGUUCAUGUUCCAGACAUGGGAAUUAGGAGCCCAAUAAACUUCUAAUUCAGUAUGGAGAA